AUGGACGACUCAAUCAUGGACGAUGAUUCCAUCUUUAACAUCAGCGAUGAUGACAACUCAGACUUUGUGCCUGAGAAGCCGGCUGCGAAAACCAAGGCAAAGGCUGCUCCUAAGAAGGCUGCUACCAAACCCGCAGCUAAAAAAGCGCAGACUACACUGAAGGGCAAGGGCAAGACUGCCGCGGCAAAGAAAAAGGCCAAGGCUGACAGCGAAGACGAAAUGUCCGACGUUCACAUGUCCGACGACGAUGCCGACUCCCUGCUCUCUCAGACUCCUCCCAAGGCGAAGAAGGCUGCUGCGACCAAGAGGGCCGGCUCGAAGCCUCUCGCUGAUGUGGAGAACGAGUCAUUCGGGGGAGAUGCCACCUCCGAGACCCCUAAGCAGAAAGGCGGCGCGUCAGAGAAGUACCAGAAACUUACACAACUCGAACACAUUACCAAACGUCCUGAUACAUACAUCGGCUCAGUCGAACGUACGACCCAACAGAUGUGGGUCUACAACUCUGAAUCCGAAUCCAUGGAGUUCCGCAUGGUAUCCUACGUCCCCGGUCUCUACAAGAUCUUCGACGAAAUUGUUGUCAACGCCGCCGAUAAUAAGCAGAACGACAAGAACAUGAACGAAAUUCGAGUGACAAUCAAUCGGGAGGCGGGCGAGAUCAGCGUCUGGAACAACGGACGUGGUAUCCCCAUUGAAAUCCACUCCAAAGAGCAAAUCUACGUCCCCGAACUUAUCUUUGGUCACCUUUUGACCUCGUCCAACUAUGACGAUGCGCAGCUGAAGGUGACUGGUGGUCGUAACGGUUUCGGUGCCAAGCUCUGCAACGUGUUCUCCACUGAAUUCUCCAUUGAGACUCAAGAUUCGCGCCAGAAGAAGAGGUACAGACAGACAUGGACGGAAAACAUGACCAAGAUGGGCAAAGCAAAGAUCACGGAGGCCAAGGGUGAUGACUACACCAAAGUCACAUUCAAGCCUGAUUUUGCCAAAUUUGGUAUGGAGAGCAUUGACGAUGACUUCGAGGCCCUCGUGAAACGCCGUAUCUACGACUUGGCAGGUACAGCAAGCGUUGCAGUCAAACUGAAUGGCACUCGUGUCCCCGUUCGCAAUUUCCGCAAGUACAUGGAGAUGUACACCAAGGCUAUCCGCAAGGAGCGUGGUGAUGAGGGCCCUGCCCCCAAGGAUGAGAUCAUCACCUGCAGUCCCGAUCCCAGGUGGGAAAUUGGUUUUGCUGUCUCAGAUGGUGCUUUCCAGCAAGUCUCGUUCGUCAACUCCAUCGCCACCACUUCUGGUGGUACUCACGUCAACUACAUUGCGGACCAGAUCUGUAAUCGCCUGGCGGACCAGGUGAAGAAGAAGAACAAGACCGGUGCUACCUUGAAGCCGGCUCAGAUUCGGAACCACAUCUUCAUCUUUGUGAACGCUCUCAUUGUCAACCCAUCUUUCAACUCCCAGACGAAGGAGCAGUUGACCACGAAGCAGAGUCAGUUUGGUAGCAAGUGUGUUCUCGAGGAAGACUUCUACAAGAAAGUCCUCAAGACCGAUGUAAUGUCUAAUAUCCUGCACUUUGCCGCCCAAAAGGCAGACCAAAUCCUCAAGAAGGGUGAUACCGGUCGCCGUACUCGCAUGAACAACCCCAAGCUGGUUGAAGCCAACAAGGCUGGUACCCGGGAGGGUCAUCACUGCACCCUGAUUCUGACUGAGGGUGACUCCGCCAAGGGUUUGGCCAUGGCGGGACGUGCAGUCGUUGGACCCGAUCUUUUCGGAGUGUUUCCUCUCCGUGGAAAGCUGCUCAAUGUCCGCGAUGCUUCGUUCGAUCAGAUCUCCAAGAAUCAGGAGAUCCAGAACAUCAAGAACUUUAUCGGAUUGCAGCACAAGAAGGAGUACACCGAAACGAAGGGUCUCCGAUAUGGCCAUCUCAUGAUCAUGACCGAUCAGGAUCAUGACGGUAGUCACAUCAAGGGUCUGCUCAUCAACUUCCUCCAGGCGCAGUUCCCCAGCUUGCUCAAGAUUCCCGAGUUCCUGAUCGAGUUCAUCACUCCCAUCAUCAAGGUCUGGAAGGGUGACCCCAAGAACCCGACCAAAUCGCGGUCCUUCUUCACAAUGCCUGAAUAUGAGGCGUGGAAAGAAGAACACAGGGAUGAACGCGGAUGGGACCACAAGUACUACAAGGGUCUGGGAACUAGCUCCACCGAGGAUGCCCAGAUCUACUUCCGUGAUCUCGAUCGCCACCUCAAAGAGUUCCAUACCAUGCAGGAUGACGAGGCAGCCCUUAUCGAGCUGGCUUUCUCGAAGAAGAAGGCCGACGAGCGAAAGGAGUGGCUGCGUCAAUUCAAGCCCGGCACAUACCUUGACCACUCUAUGGCCAAGAUUUCCUACACAGAUUUCAUCAACAAGGAGCUGAUUCUGUUCAGUAUGGCUGAUAACCAGCGUUCUAUCCCAUCCAUGGUCGAUGGUUUGAAGCCUGGUCAGCGCAAGGUCUUGUACACUUGCUUCCGCCGUAACUUGAAGAAGGAUAUGAAGGUUGUCGAGCUUGCAGGUCUUGUUUCCGGAAUGACUGCCUACCAGCACGGUGAUACCUCGCUUCAGCAAACCAUUGUCGGUUUGGCUCAGACUUUCGUCGGCUCCAACAACAUCAACUGUCUUGAACCCAGCGGUAACUUCGGUAGUCGACUCCAAGGUGGUGGUGACUGUGCCAGUGCUCGUUACAUUUACACUCGGUUGUCACCCUUUGCCCGGAGGGUUUUCCACCAAGCUGAUGAGCCUCUGCUGGCCUACAACGAGGAUGAUGGCAAGAAGAUUGAGCCUGAGACCUAUAUGCCUGUGGUGCCCAUGAUUUUGAUCAAUGGUGCUGAUGGUAUUGGAACUGGUUGGAGUUCUUCUAUUCCUAACUACAACCCGGAAGAUAUUGUGGCCAACUUGAAGCGUUUGAUGGCUGGCCAGGAGACUGUUCCUAUGGAACCCUGGUUCCGUGGGUUCACUGGCGAGGUUGUCAACAUGGGCGGCGAUCGCUUCAAAUUCAGCGGUAUCAUCAAAGAGACUGGGGAUAAGGAGGUUGAGAUCACCGAGUUACCUAUCCGUACCUGGACUCAGGACUUCAAGGACAAGCUGGAGGAUAUUAUCAAGGCUGAGAAGGUCCCCUCCUUCAUCAAGGAUUACAGGGACUACAACACCCACAGCAAGGUCCAUUUCGUGAUCCAGCUUGAUGAGAAGAACAUGAAGGCCACCUCAUCGGAGAGCUGGGAGGAGAAGUUCAAGCUUUCCAAGACAAUCGCUACGUCCAACUUGGUUGCGUUCGAUCCUGAGGGACGUAUUACAAAGUACGCCACUGUUGAUGACAUCCUCAAGGAGUUUUUCACUGUGCGCCUUAAGUACUACGAGCGACGCAAGCAGCACCAGCUCGGAGAGCUUCAGAAGGAACUUGAGAAGUUGAGCAACCAAGCUCGCUUCAUCAUGAUGAUCAUUGAGGGAACCCUCGUCAUCUCCAAGAAGAAGAAGUCCGUUCUGGUCCUCGAGCUCAAGGAGAAGGGUUUCAAGCCGAUUGCCAAGGUCGCAGAUGCCGCCAAGCUGGGCGAGGAUGAACCUGCCAUGGAAGACACCGAGGAGGUCGACGACAAGGAUGUCGAAGUCCUGUCCAGCUCCUACGAUUACCUCCUCGGCAUGCCCAUGUGGUCGCUUACUCAAGAGCGUGUCGAGAGACUCCGUCGCCAGAUUGGUGACCGUGAGAUGGAGGUUGACGAUCUAAUCAAGUUGUCCAAGGAGGAUAUCUGGAAGAAGGAUCUGGAGGAGUUCAUCAACGAGUGGCGCUUCCAGCUCGAGGACGAGGAGCGUCGUCUGCGCAAGAUGCAGAACAUGGGUCGCCGGGCAUCAUCUAAGCUCAUGACCGGCGGAGGUCGUGGCGCCGCGGCCGCACGCAAGCGUAAGGCUGCGGCUGGAGACGAUCCCGAUGAUGCAGACUUUGCAGCACCAAAGCCAAAGAAGACGGCUGCAGCCAAGAAGAAGGAACAGCCUGUCAACAGCCUGGCUAACUUCCUCAACAAGACAACGGCCAAGGAGCCUACGCCAGGCGCUGACGGCGCUGCCGAUUCCGAUUCCGACUUUGACUUUGAUAUGGAAAUCCUUCCUAAGAAGAAUCGAGGAGCGGCAAAGCCAAAGGCCAAGACCAAGGCAGAGGACGAUGAUUUCGAUCUUGAAGAAGUCCCCGCGGUCAACUCUUCGCGUGCGUCAGUACAGCCCGCCGCCGAUCCUAUGGAUCUCGACGAUGAUGAACUCGCUGCGAAGCCGAAGCCGAAGCCGGCAGCGAAGCGUGGACCCAAGGCCAAAGCGAAACCUGCCGAUGACGAUUCCGGUGAUGAGUUCCUGGAGAUCGCGCGUGCGACGGCACCUUCCAAGCAGGCCGCCCCGCCCGGUCGCGCUCGCAAACCAGUCAAGUAUACCGCACUCAGUGACUCCGAUAGCGACAAUGGAGACGAUCUUCUGGGCGACGUGAGCCAGAUGGUCAAGGGUAUUGGCGGCGAUGAUUCGAACACUCGGCCUCUCAUUUCUGAGCGCUCUCGUGCCGGCAGCAGUGCCAGCCUGAUGGCUCCGAGCAAGUCCAAGGUCAGCGAGUUUGACGCGGACGAGACAGACUACAGCAAGCUGAUCCCACAGAACUCUCCGCGUCGCUCGAUUCUGGUCAAGCCCAAGGAUGUCUCUAGAAUUGAAGACGAUGACGAUGAGGAAGAGGAGGAUGAGGCACCUGCCAAGCCCGCGCCGAAGGCCAAGGCUGCAGUCAAAGCCAAGCCUGCUACCAAGACUGCGGCAGCUGCAGCUCUUAAGGCUCGUGGUCGUUCAAAGAAGGAUGCCGCGCCUGCACUCUCUCCCGCCGCAAAGGGAUAUGCCUCUAAGCUAGCCAAGACCAAGGCCCCUAGCAAGAAGGCUGCAGACGACGACUUCUCCGAGGACGAUAUCGACGCCAUGGCCAACGACAUUCUGGAUUCCCCAGCUGGCAAGAUGGACGCCUCGGAUGACGAGCCCGCCCCUCGACGUGCGGCAGCUAGCCGUCCCGCUCGCCGCACCGCUGCGGCGACCAAGAAGAGCUACGUGGUCGAGGAAGAGAGUGAUGAGGAGGAAUCUGCUGAUGAUUUUGAGGAAGAUGAGAGUGAUUAG